GUAUGCUGAAGGGGUGGACUUGACCGAGCCUUUGCUCGAAAAGGAUCCCACGGAAGUGGGAGAAGAUCUCCAAAAACGAGGUACUGCGGUCUAUGUGGCGCUGCGGCUGAACUCGGCUCAGGCCAACAUCAAGUUGAGCAAUUGGCUGCAGUGCAUCGAACAUGCCAGCAAGGUUCUCCUCAUCGAGAAGGACAACACCAAGGCGCUCUACCGCCGGGCCUCCGGUGCGCUGCAAUUGGACACCGAAGGGCGUUUAGAAGAAGCCCGAAGUGAUUUGAGUCGGCUGAUCCAGUUGGAGCCAGCCAACCGGGAGGCGCGAGAGAUGCUGGUGAAAGCCAAAGAACGUCUAAAGGACCUCAGACAACAAGAGAAAGAAAGGCUGAGUGCUGCCAUGAAAGGCGGCCUCUACCAGGAGCAGCACAAGAAGCUUGGGAAACUACAAGCUGCCUAUGAAGAGGAGGUGAAACGUCUCAAAGAGAAAGGCGAGGCCGAAAUCUCCUUCGAGGACUUUGCUAAGAAGGCGAAGGAGAAGGAGGAAGAAUUAGAAAAGAAGCAGAAGGAGGAAGCCCAAAAGCGGCGUGAAGAGGAGCAACAGAAGGAGGAAGCCAGGCAGCUGGAAGAGGUGAACCAACGCCGCAGUGGCGAAAACCUUCCGCCCCUGUCCUUGGAGGAGUGGCGCGCCGAGAUGAAGGCCUCCGCCGAGAAGAAGCGCCGGGAAGAGGUCGUGAAAAUGGACGAGGCCGAGUUGGAUGAAGAGGACAAGAAGCUGCUGAAAGAGACCAAGGAGAAAGGCUACUACCACGGCCGCCUGGGUACAGUCUUGUCGGACGCUGCGCCCAAACCGCAAUUGGUCACCGAGACUGAGAAGGAAGACUCCCCAAAGGUUGGCAGCCAGUGGAACCAGGCUGGCACCUGGGAGGAGAAGGAUGCCUCGUCUUGGGCUCAGGAGCGGCUCAGUGCCUGGUUGAGCGAUGCCUGCGUCAGUGGCUCCAAUGUGACCUUGCCGGCGGGCAGUGGCGAGGUCACGGCGAAGAUCACCAAGGUCAAAUCCAUCAAGGGCGAGGCCCACAUCGUCUAUGUGCGCAAGCAGCCGCGUCAUGGCUUUCACUAUGAAGCUGAAUUGAGCUUCUCAAUGAACCUCGGUGAGGACAAGUUCAGUGGAACGCUGUCCCUGCCGGAGAUCAUGGAUGCCAUGGCCCCCGCGGAGCUGCGCGUGGAUGCCAGAUGGAAGGGCUCAGGU